GUGUUUCGACGUCUGCGGGCCACGUGUCUGGACCGGUGCAGGCCACGUGUCAUCCCUGAGUGAAGCACAUCGGAGAUGGUCAUGGCGGGCGCGUUGGAGCGCGUCGCGGCGACGGCGACGGCAAGUGCGCUGCUGACUGAGGUCUGUUGGAAGCGACAGGCUGCGCCACGUGGCUUGCGCCGCGCCGCGCAGGGAUCGGACUUGUCGAUUUUGGUGGGGAGGUGGCGACAUAGUGAGCGACCCGUACCGAGCAGGGGCGACCGCAAAUGGGCAGCAGGAGGUGGAGCGGUCGGUCGUCGGCGGUCGCUCAUCGUCACCGCCUCUUCAGAAUCUUCCUCUUCUUCUUCUUCACCUAGAGAUGGCAGUGCUUCUGCCUCUUCGUCCUCUCCAUCGCCAUCGCCAUCGCCAUCGUCACCGUCGAUGACGAAAGAACCGGCCAUAGCCAAUCCUCCUAGCCGCAGCAGUAGAGUACCGAGCAGGGGCGACCGCAAAUGGGCAGCAGGAGGUGGAGCGGUCGGUCGUCGGCGGUCGCUCAUCGUCACCGCCUCUUCAGAAUCUUCCUCUUCUUCUUCUUCACCUAGAGAUGGCAGUGCUUCUGCCUCUUCGUCCUCUCCAUCGCCAUCGCCAUCGCCAUCGUCACCGUCGAUGACGAAAGAACCGGCCAUAGCCAAUCCUCCUAGCCGCAGCAGUAGAGUGAAGAGAGUCGUCAUUCUCGGGGGAACUGGCAGGGUGGGCUCUUCUGUCGCUGCGGCCAUGGCUAGGCUGCCGUUAGUGGAGGACGGCGAUGGCGGCUCGCCGUCUACUUCGAAAGAGUCUUUUUCUAGAGAUGGCGUAAAUGGAGCUGGGGCAAGAUCUGCUUUCGAUAUCGUCAUUGCUGGGCGGAACAGAGUAAAAGGAGAGCAGGUGCUAUCAAUGGUUGGCGGAGGAGCAGAGUUCUGCGAGUGUGACAUCGAUGACAAGCAGUCCCUGGCCAGGGCUAUGGAUGGUAUGUAUGACGUCCCAGCUUUUUUCUUAAGGCAGCAAACGAGGAGAAAUUUCACAAAAUAAUAUUUUGGAAUUCCCCAAAAGAUUUUUUUGCGAUUGUGUAGUAAAAUUAAUAAUAAUAA